AUGGAGGCUCGGCGCCGAAAGAGUUAUCAUGAUCUAGUGCAUACUACUACGCAACUAUCAAGCACCGUAGGUGACCCAGAUCUUGGCCGCACCAAUCAACCAACACAACGUCGAGUGUCCUUGGAUCAAGCAUCUGAUGAUGGUCUCGCAAAAGUAACCGAUCUCAUCGACUCCAUAGACUCGUUAUACCUCCCAUGUAUCCGACGAUCUGCAACAAAUCCUCAAGUGAAACCCGUGAGUUCUUCUCCACGAAGAGCGUCCUUUAAAGUCACUGGUGGCCAAGCAUUGCGUCGUGCUCGAUCGACUAUACGGGUUGUAUACUUUAAAGAAAGUUUCUACGAGGUGUACGGCUAUUUGGGCCUCGUCAUGUUGCUCGCAUUCACAUUGUCACUGCUUGCGAUGGUGUACAUGACGGUGGUGCAAGUUAUUCCCAACUGGACGGCGAACUUCCUCAUGGGGACCGAUACACUGGACAACGGCGAAUUCCUGCUCAUGUCGAAGCCUUCCCUUACCAUCGUCGUCACGUCCUCACUGAUGCUGUCGGUGUUUGCGUGUUUGUACCUGUGGCUGAUCGUCUUCAUGCUCUCCUACAAUAGUGAAUCGACGGUCAACAAUCUCUCUCAAGCUCCAGAUCCAACGUCGUUGAGUUAUCGCCUACCACAAAAACUUUUACCAUUUUUACGGCGCUUGCAAGCUCAAACAGGAGGUGAAAGAACAGCAACUAUUAGAAACGCCUCGUCUAGAGUGAGGUCGUUCGAGAACCUCAAGAGUUUUAGUGCCAAGAUCCAGCGUACAUCAUCGCUUCACUCCCAAACAGCCAGCAGAUUGAUCCUCGACUUCACGAGCAUGGAAGGCACAUAUCACCGUUAUUAUGAUGCGUUGCUGGACUUUCCGAAAUUAAUUCUUCAGACGAUGAGCCUUACGACGUAUUUAAGCAAAGGCUUCCCUCUACCAAUCAUCUUCUUUUACGUGCUGCCACUGGGUUUCAACUGGCUUAUCUCAUUUUACAGAUUUCAGAGGACCAAACCGGACCCGAUGCUUGUUGUUGCUCGAGUUUUCUAUCUGUUCGAUCUCUUCUUCGCGGUGUUCGCUCCCAUGGUGAUGUUAACAUACUCGUACUACAAUUUCCACGUGGAUCGCGACAACUUCGUUAUCCGCGAGGAAACACUCACUCCCGGCAGCUUUGAUCGAAUCGCUCGGCUGUUUGCUGACCCGAUCCAGGUUCAACUCGUUAAAACGAGUUUCGCCAAUCUACAGAUUACGGAAGGAGAGUAUAUUCUAGUCAAGUGUUUCCUGAACCUAUUGGGGAUCUACAAAUGGAAGAAGGUUAUCGGCCACCUCAUCCUCGCUAACCGCAGUCGAAGAGAAGACAAAAAAGCAACAAAAGCUCACGCUCACCCACAUUCGAGAAAGCACACGAUGGUUGGAGGGCUCAUCUUUAUUUGUUGCAGUGUGGGCAUCGCUAUUUACACGGCACUCUCUAUCUCGACAAGUAUUGAACACUGUGCACCAUAUCGACACUGUGCUGUUUACUCGUAUCGCUGGGAUUGGGGGCGCAAAUCGACUUGCCGCUGUAUCGUUUUCAUGGAUCUUGACUUGGCUCCGAAAACAUACAACGAUUGGAUCAAUGCGCCGGACGUGACGGAAGAUUUACGUGCGCUGGCUUCGAACGGGCACUUACAAAUAGUACAAGUUAUCAAUCGCGCGGUGCCGGAGCUACCAGAAGAGCUUCGACUGUGCAAAAAGUUGAAAGAACUGAUUCUUAUCUACACGAAGACGCGGAGACUUCCGGAGUGGAUAAAAGAAUUUACCCACUUGGAAUACCUUCACAUCGAGAAUGAUCUCGUCCACUCAAGUCUGCAGUACCUGCCACCCGAUAUGUUCUCCAAUAUGCACAACCUCCGAUUCGUGCGAACAGGAGGUAUUACUGCUUUAACGGAAUACCCUUCUCUCGCGGGUUUGCACAAAUUAUCGACACUCGUAAUGACGAUUGUCCAUAAUUUGAAAGAGCUGCCCAACCUCGACGAUCUCUCCGGACUAACUGCACUCUACAUCGCCGAUGCCAUCCAUAUCCACAGUCUCCCCUCUCUAAAGGGUCUCAAGAGUCUCAAAAAUUUUGCCAUGUUCCGACGCAAUGAAGUCUGCUGUAAUGGUUGGGCGACGGGAUAUUGUGACUUGACGAACUUCCAGUGCAUCCCCAGACCGAACGAACCCUCAGUGCAAUGUGUGAGCGAUCGAAUUCCAGCCGAAGAUAUGGCAGUUAUCAACCGUGCCAAUGGAUUUCUGUGUGGGAAGAAUAUCACGCAGGAUGUGCAGGCGUCGGAGCCAACACUGGAAUCCACGGAUGGAAUGUGUCAAGGAGUGCUGUAUCGAGAAUGCUACAUGAAUGGUACUCGUGGUAUCUGCUACAAUGGCCGCAUGCAAGUUAUACAUUGCGAUGUAUUUGGAGAGUACGAGAAGAUGCGACGUUUGCAGAUUGCGAAAGGCGUGGGCGAUCCAUGCGAUCCCAAAGAGGAGAAAUGGCUAGGUUGUAGCUGA